GCGCUAGCGAGCCAGCGGGCAGCCGGGCCGGCGGGCGAGCGGCGGCGGCGGCGGCGGCGGCCCCGGCACCCCAGGCCGAGCCGGCGCGGGAGGAGUUCCAGGGCGAUGGGGCCGCGGCCGGGGCUGACGCUUUGACAGCUGGAAAGAGCGCGGAGCCAGCGCCUGGGGGGGAGGGAGGGGAGCGCGGCUAGGAGAGCGCGAGCGAGCGAGCGAGCGAGCGGGCGAGCGCCGGGGAGGGGGCCGGGAGCGAGGGGCAGCUCGGGAGCAGCCGGAGCGGUAGCGGCGGCGGCGGCGAGGUUCGGUGCCCUCUUCUCUGCAAAACAUGUUUGCCAAAGGCAAAGGCUCGGCGGUGCCCUCGGACGGGCAGGCUCGAGAAAAGUUAGCUUUAUACGUCUACGAAUAUUUGCUGCAUGUAGGAGCACAGAAAUCUGCACAGACCUUCUUGUCAGAGAUUCGAUGGGAAAAAAACAUCACGUUGGGAGAACCGCCUGGGUUUUUGCACUCGUGGUGGUGUGUAUUUUGGGACCUUUACUGUGCAGCUCCUGAAAGGCGAGACACUUGUGAACAUUCAAGUGAAGCGAAAGCCUUUCAUGAUUACAGUGCAGCAGCCGCCCCGAGCCCAGUGCUUGGCAACAUUCCCCCCAACGAUGGGAUGCCUGGAGGCCCCAUCCCCCCGGGUUUCUUUCAGCCUCCGGGAGGAGUUCCUGGGACACAGCCACUGCUGCCCAACUCCAUGGAUCCCACACGACAACAAGGGCACCCCAACAUGGGAGGAUCAAUGCAGAGAAUGAACCCUCCCCGAGGCAUGGGGCCCAUGGGGCCCGGCCCACAGACUGACCCUUGGUUAUCGUUGCAGAAUUACGGCAAGCGGCAUGGAGACCACCACCCAACUCCCUCGGCCCCGCCAUGCCCGGAUUACAUGGGACCAGGAGCUGGCAGACCCUGGCCAAUCCUAACAGUGCUAAUUCAAUUCCAAUACUCCUCCUCAUCAGCCUGUACCUAUGUGGGACCCCCCUGCGGUGGUGGCCCCCCAGGGACACCCAUCAUGCCUAGCCCUGCAGAUUCAACAAAUUCCAGCGACAACAUCUACACAAUGAUUAAUCCUGUGCCGCCUGGAGGCAGCCGGUCCAACUUCCCGAUGGGUCCAGGCUCGGAUGGCCCGAUGGGAGGCAUGGGCGGCAUGGAGCCACACCACAUGAAUGGAUCGUUAGGGUCGGGUGACAUAGAUGGACUUCCAAAAAAUUCUCCUAACAACAUAAGUGGCAUUAGCAACCCUCCAGGCACCCCUCGAGACGACGGCGAGCUAGGAGGGAACUUCCUCCACUCCUUCCAGAACGACAAUUAUUCUCCAAGCAUGACGAUGAGUGUGUGAUCCCCCUCCUCUUCUCCGAAAUGCUGAGAGAGCCGGCAUUGCAGGCAGGAAGAUGCCAGAAAUUAUGCAAGAAGAAGUGAGGUGUCAUUACCCAGGAGCUGGGGGAGGGGCAUCUCCCUGCUCCCCCUCCGCCCUCUCCCUUUUUUCCACUCCCCCCACUCUUCCCAAUUUUAGUUCAUGCAAUAAAGAGGCGGAACUUUUUAUUCCAUAAAACAUGAAGGACAAAACUCAAAAAUAUAUUUCAGGUCGAUGGCCAGAACAGUCCCGUCCCUUGCCCUUUCCCAGAAGGACCUUUUAUGUACAUGACACUUUUUUUUGUUGUUUUUUGUUUGGGGUUUUGCCGCUGUUGGGAUUUUUUAAUUUGUUUUCCGGGUGGGGCUUUGGGGGAGAAAUUUUUUAAAAGGAAGCUUCUAGCAAGCCCCCAUCCCCAAUCAACCUCUGCUUUCUUCUUUAAAAAAAAGAAAAAGGAAAAAAAGGACAAAAAAACCCAAGCCCUGUGUUUGUCUGUGCCCAAGCUCCCCCGCAGGAGAGCUGGUCUAGGUGUGAGAGCGCACGCUGUCUUUGUAGCCACCUAAAAAUGAUGAUAAUAAUAAUAAACUGGGCAGUUUAUAAUCGGUGGUUUCUUUCGAAAGGCCUUCUUUGGAAAGGAAAGGAAGUUACCCUUUUCCACUUGGGGUUUUUGGCUUGUGCGGAUGGGCAAGGGAGGGGCGGGGCCUUUUUUUAUUUUGUUUUUUUGCUUAGUUUCCCGUGGCCAAGGUGGUGACAGCAGCCGCACCACUCCGACCCCAGAGUUCCCCGCACCCCCAUUACAUAGCUGGAGGGGCCAGGCCACCCGAAGGCUCUCGCCUCCACCAGGGCGGAGACUCAGCUCACUGCAACCCCAGCCCAGCAGCACGCACUGCUUCCCAGGACCGCCCGCCCCCCUGCGCCCUCCUCGGGCCCCGCCCAGUCUCCUGAGGAUCCUGCCAGCUGCUGGUGGCCUGGAGCGCAGUAGGGGAGGCCACCUGCGGCAGGAUGGCUGUGACCUGGGACGUGGAACCUGUGACCUCCGCGUCCUGGUCCCCAUGGCCCUCGCAUCGUCCUCGUGUGUGCUGGCAUGUAGGGUUGGAGUUUGCGGGAGGGGGUUGGGUUUUUUUUUUUUUUUUAACUUCUCUUGAUUCUUCCUCCUUUCUCAAAGACGAGAUAUUGACCCGAAUUGCUCUGCAUAUGCUUGGAACUGGAUGGAAAGACUUCGGAAUUGCUGUGGGGGGUGGGGGGACACCAACCACCAAACAGAUGUGCUGUUUCCGGUCCUGUUUUUAUUUUCAAAAACUGACACGCGACAGUGGAGCCUGUCUCCUCCCAGGAGGGGUGACUUGCCUCCCUCACCUCAGCACCCCCCAUGGAAACCUCUGUGUCUUGCCCCGAGACAACCGAAUUCUUUGUACAUUUACUCCCUCCUCCCUGCCCCCUCCCCCGUAGCUGGUCUUUGUUUGUCCCCCUUUCUGCUCCGUGUAUAUCAUAUUAUGUGAGAUAUCAUCUGCCUGAAAAAAGACCUUGUGCGGAUUAUUGGGAACAUUGUAGCUGUUUCUGUGUUUUUUCUUACCUUGUAGUCUGGUUCUGAAUUAAGAGAGGAAAAAAAUAAUUAUGAUACAUUGUAGUUUGUGUACGAUAUAUGUCGAUAACGUUUUAUUAAAGGGACAUCUUUUUUCCGCA